CACAUGAACGCCCCGUUGAACUCUGACAAAUAGAAGAAGAAAACAGAAAAGAGUAAAAGCAACAGCACUUCUACUCUUUGUCCAUACUCUCUGCUGUCAACUAGCUUUCUCCGUCGCUCCGAUCUUCCCGACCACCACUCUCUCUUAUACAUACAGGGCAGAGGACGCAUAUAGUUGCAUUUACUUUCACAUUUUUGCAAUUGAUGGAGGCUCUUUCGCCGGCGAUCAAACCGGAUGUGGUUCUGCGGCGGAGGACUUCUUUCGUCGAUCAUGCUUUGCUCUCUUAUGGGUGUUACAAGAACCCAAACUGGAAACGGACCCGGAUUCGGAGGAGAAUUGAGGUGAAGGCGGAAGGGGGGAAGCAGGGGAGCAUUGAUUUCAGCGAUCCGGAUUGGAAGUCAAAUUACCAGCAUGACUUCGAGGCCCGCUUCCGCAUUCCGCACAUAACUGAUGUGCUCCCCGACGCCGUUUCUUAUCCCUCUACUUUCUGCCUCAAAAUGAGGACUCCUGUAAGUCCUGAUUUUGCGGAAGGUUAUCCAUCAGAUGAGGAAUGGCAUGGAUACAUUAACAACAACGAUAGAGUACUACUUAAGGUAAUACGUUAUUCAUCUCCUACAUCUGCAGGUGCUGAGUGUAUUGAUCCAGAUUGUACAUGGAUUGAGCAAUGGGUUCACCGUGCCGGCCCCCGAGAGAAAAUAUACUUCAAACCAGAAGAUGUAAAAGCGGCAAUUGUUACUUGUGGGGGCCUUUGUCCUGGCCUCAAUGAUGUCAUACGUCAGAUUGUCAUCACCCUUGAGAUAUAUGGUGUGAAAAGGAUUGUUGGGAUUCCUUUUGGUUAUCGAGGGUUUUCUGACAGCAGUCUAUCGGAGAUGCCUCUAUCCAGAAAAGUGGUGCAGAAUAUCCAUCUCUCUGGAGGAAGCUUGCUAGGAGUCUCACGUGGAGGACCUACAGUUAGUGAUAUUGUGGACAGUAUGGAGGAAAGAGGGAUAAAUAUGCUCUUUGUUCUGGGUGGAAAUGGUACUCAUGCUGGUGCCAAUGCCAUACACGAAGAGUGUCGUCGAAGACGAUUAAAGGUAGCUGUUGUUGGUGUGCCAAAAACCAUUGACAAUGAUAUUUUGCUUAUGGAUAAAACAUUUGGUUUUGAUACGGCUGUUGAAGAGGCACAAAGAGCAAUUAAUUCUGCAUACAUUGAGGCACACAGCGCUUAUCAUGGCAUUGGGAUUGUGAAAUUGAUGGGGCGUAGUAGUGGAUUUAUAGCUAUGCAUGCAGCUCUUGCUAGUGGACAAAUUGAUAUAUGCUUGAUCCCAGAGGUACCAUUUAAUCUGCAUGGACCUCAUGGUGUCUUAAGUCAUCUAAAGUACCUGCUUGAGAGAAAGGGAUCUGCUGUUGUCUGUGUUGCAGAGGGAGCUGGGCAGGAUCUUCUUGUGAAAACCAAUGCCACAGAUGCAUCAGGAAACAUUGUGCUAGGAGAUAUUGGUGUUCAUAUACAACAAGAGACAAAGAAGUUCUUUAAAGGGAUUGGAUUUCCAGUGGAUGUCAAAUACAUUGAUCCCACGUACAUGAUCCGUGCAUGCCGUGCAAAUGCAUCUGAUGGAAUUCUCUGUACUGUUCUUGGUCAAAAUGCUGUUCACGGUGCAUUUGCUGGAUAUAGUGGAAUCACAGUUGGAAUUUGCAAUACACAUUACGCCUAUUUUCCUAUUCCUGAAGUAAUUUCCCAGCCAAAGGUCGUCGACCCUAACAGCCGGAUGUGGCAUCGUUGCUUAACAUCAACAGGCCAACCAGACUUCAUCUAGAACACACGAGCUAAGGUAUUUAUGCUUAAGAAGUAUCUGUCUACUGGAGGAACAGAUCCUCCGGCAUUUUGUUUUUUUAAAGUGUACAGCAUUAAUAUUGCCAUUAAGCGGUGGGAUGUCGGUAAUAAGCUUGCUCAAGAGACUUGGGAAACCAUAUUUAUUAUGACUCCAUAGAGAAAAAAUUAACUUAAGAAAAGGCUUACCCCACUGGUUGUGGGUAGUCGAAGGAUUAAAGCUGUUGUAGUAGAAGCAGCAUUCAACUACGAAUUCCUGUGUCUUAUGUGCAACAGGUUUCUAUUUCAAUAAAUGAAUCCUUAUUCUUUGGCAUA